AGCAGGCGUACCGGAGGCGCUGGUGGAUGGCGUGCACCGCGAUGCUGGAGAACCUCUUCUUCUCUGCCGUGCUCCUCGGUUGGGGCUCCCUGCUGAUCAUGCUCCAGAAGGAGGGCUUCUACUCCAUCCUGUGCUCAGAUCAGGAGAUCAGGUUUGGCCCGGCCGUGAAUAAAAUCUUGCCUCGCUUCUAUUCGGCGUCUGGUGUUUCAUUUGGAGGUCCCACCGAGAUUCUAUGACCACCCGAAAUUCGGAGGCUGAAGCGGAACAGCUAGGGGAGAGCUCCCGAGAGACGUUCCUCGGCCCCGGCCUUCCGUUCUCAGACCUGGCUUAAGCAAGUCCUUGCAGGCUCUACAAAGUACAUUUCCAGCCAUCUGUAACCUAGUAAAAGAAAGCCGGAAGGAACCGCCCUCUGCAGUCGAACCAUCAGACCAAGGACUCGGACCUGGAGAUUGGAUCUGGAUGCAACGUCACACCUCCCAAAUUGAGAGGCACGCUGGGUUGGGCCCUAUCCAAUCAUCCUGUCCACCCCAUCCGCUGUGAAAGUUGCCGGCCGGAGCCACUGGAUCCAUCGUUCUCAAAUUAAAGCGGCACACCCCGACCACAUUCCUCUACAGUGGACUGUCAAACGGACCGAAAAUCCUUUGAAGGUCCGGCUGGUAAAAGAAUCCGCUGGCUGAGAACGCCACCAACACCACCCAGGAUGAGCAGCGGGAGUGGCUGAGCUGUGACCACCAGGAAGAGAUGCUCAACCUGGGCUUCACCAUCGGCUCCUUCGUGCUCAGCGCCACGACCCUGCCGCUGGGGAUCCUCAUGGACCGCUUUGGCCCCCGGCCCACGCGGCUGGUUGGCAGUGCCAGCUUCGCCGCGUCCUGCGCCCUCAUGGCCCUGGCCUCUCGGGACACCAGAGUUCUGUCUCCGUUGAUAUUCCUGGCGCUGUCCCUGAAUGGCUUUGGUGGCAUCUGCUUAACGUUCUCUUCACUCACGCUGCCCAACAUGUUUGGGAACCUACGAUCUACGUUCAUGGCCCUCAUGAUCGGCUCCUACGCCUCUUCUGCCAUCACAUUCCCGGGAAUCAAGCUGAUCUAUGACGCUGGCGUGUCCUUCAUGGUCAUCAUGUUCACGUGGUCGGGCCUGGCCUGCCUCAUCUUUCUGAACUGUGCUCUCAACUGGCCCAGCGAAGCCUUUCCUGCUCCUGAGGAAGUCAGCUAUACGAAGAAGAUCAAGCUCAGCGGACUGGCCCUUGAUCACAAGGUGACAGGUGACCGCUUCUACACCCAUGUGACCAUUGUGGGCCAGCGGCUGAGCCAGAAGGCCCCCAGCCUGGAGGACGGGGCUGAAGUCUUCAUCUCAUCCCAGGAUGUUCGUGGCAUCUCAGAAAGCCCUCCUGAGAAGUCUGUCCCCUUCCGCCAGAGCCUCUGUUCCCCCAUUUUCCUGUGGAGCCUUCUCACCAUGGGCAUGACCCAGCUGAGAGUCAUCUUCUACAUGGCCGCCAUGAACAAGAUGCUGGAGUACCUCGUGACUGGUGGUCAGGAGCAUGAGACGGACAUCCUGAGAAAAAGGGCGGCAGAGACAGUUGGGUUCUACUCCUCCAUCUUUGGGGCCAUGCAGCUGUUGUGCCUUCUCACCUGCCCCCUCAUUGGCUACAUCAUGGACUGGCGGAUCAAGGACUGUGUGGACGCCCCCACUGAGGGCAGUGCCCUCGGAAACACCAGGGAUGGGGUCGCCACCAAGUCGGCCAGACCGCGCUACCGCAAGAUCCAGAAGAUCACCAAUGCCAUCAACGCCUUCACCCUGACCAACUUUCUGCUGGUGGGGUUUGGCGUCACCUGCCUCAUCAAUAGCUUACACCUCCAGUACGUGACCUUUAUCCUGCACACCGUGGUUCGAGGUUUCUUCCACUCAGCCUGUGGGAGCCUCUACGCUGCAGUGUUCCCGUCCAACCACUUUGGGACGCUGACGGGUCUGCAGUCCCUCAUCAGUGCUGUGUUUGCCCUGCUCCAGCAGCCGCUUUUCAUGGCCAUGGUGGGACCCUUGAAAGGAGAGCCCUUCUGGGUGAAUCUGGGCCUCCUGUUAUUCUCACUCCUGGGAUUCCUGCUGCCUUCUUACCUCUUCUACUACCGUGCCCAGCUCCAGAGGGAGUACGCCACCGACUGGGAGGGCCCAAAGAAGGUGCUUGGAAGCUCCGAGGUGACUGCCUAGAUCCCUGCAGCCAAGGGACCCGGAUGACAGGCCAAGGCCUGAGCUACCAAAGGGAAUGCCUUGCCGGAGUCUGGCUCCAGCGGGCCCAGAGGUUCCCGAAGGAUGAACGGCGUCGGCGAAAAAGUGAAAAUAAAACAAAACUAGAAUAAAAAACUAAAAUAAAAACGGACACAGACAACAGCA